ACUCGCAGCGCCCAGCAUCCGCAAGGUCCCAGAUCUGCAACUUGCUUGCCCAGCGAUCCCCAGGUUGAGGCCAGAGUUCCGCGCAGAACCUUCCGGUACCCAGCCCUACUUCAGGAGCCCCAGGCUGCUGCCCUCGUCCUCUUAGUUGUGGCUGAAGGCGUGAAGCCAUGAGCUGUCUUCUGAACCAUAUGGUCCUGAUGGGGCUGGCUCUGCUGGUCUGCGGAGUGCAGGCCUUUCUCCUUCCCAACACCACGAGCCUGGAGAAGCUGCUGAGCAAGUACCAGCACGCAGAGCCGCACUCACGUGUGCGCAGGGCCAUCCCCAUGUCAGACCGCCAGGAGAUCCUCAUGCUACACAACAAGCUGCGAGGCCAGGUGUAUCCCCCUGCCUCCAACAUGGAACACAUGACUUGGGAUGAGGAGCUGGAGAGAUCCGCAGCAGCGUGGGCACAUAGGUGCCUGUGGGAGCACGGGCCCGCCGGCCUCCUGAGGUCCAUCGGGCAGAACCUGGCAGUGCACUGGGGCAGGUACCGCUCUCCUGGGUUCCACGUGCAGUCAUGGUAUGACGAGGUGAAGGAUUACACCUACCCGUACCCCCACGAGUGCACUCCACGGUGCCGGGAGCGGUGCUCAGGACCCAUGUGCACCCACUACACACAGAUGGUCUGGGCCACCACCAACAAGAUCGGCUGUGCCGUGCACACCUGUCGGAACAUGAACGUCUGGGGAGACACUUGGGAGAACGCUGUGUAUCUCGUCUGCAAUUAUUCUCCCAAGGGAAACUGGAUUGGCGAGGCCCCCUACAAGCAUGGCCGUCCCUGCUCUGAGUGUCCGUCCAGCUACGGAGGAGGCUGCCUGAACAACCUGUGCCACCGAGAAAAGCCUCACAGGCACAAGCCAGAGGUGGAUAUGAUGAACGAGGUGGAAUCGCCCCCUGCUCCCGAGGAAACCCACGUCUGGGUUCAGCCCAGAGUGGUCAAGACCAAGAAGACCCCAGUCGUCAACUUUAUGACCCAAGUGGUCCACUGUGACACCAAGAUGAAGGACUCUUGCAAAGGAUCCACGUGUAACAGGUACCAGUGCCCAGCAGGCUGUCUGAGCAACAAGGCGAAGGUCUUUGGCUCUCUGUUUUAUGAAAGUUCUUCCAGCAUAUGCCGAGCCGCUCUCCACUACGGUGUCAUCGAUGAUCGAGGUGGCCUGGUGGAUGUCACCAGGAAUGGGAUGGUACCCUUCUUUGUCAAAUCUCAGAAAAAUGGCAUGGAGUCCCUGAGCAAAUACAAGCCGUCUAGCUCCUUCACUGUGUCAAAAGUGACAGAGAUGGCCGUGGACUGCCAUGCCACAGUCGCACAGCUGUGCCCCUUCGAGAAGCCAGCCACCCACUGCCCGAGAAUCCAGUGUCCUGCGCGCUGUGGAGAGGAGCCAUCCUAUUGGGCCCCUGUGUAUGGAACCAACAUCUAUGCUGACACUUCCAGCAUUUGUAAGGCCGCCGUGCACGCAGGUGUCAUCGUCGACGAGGUUGGUGGCUAUGCAGAUGUGAUGCCCGUGGACAAAAAGAAGAGCUACGUGGGCUCCCUCAGGAACGGGGUGCAGUCAGAGAGCCUGAACACUCCUCAGAACGGAAACGCCUUCCGGAUCUUCGCCGUCAGGCAGUGAAUGUGGCGACCUGGGGAGAAGGGGGUGUCAUCUACUGGGAUUUGGGGUCCUGCUUUUUAUCUGUACUUUGUCCUUUGGGGGUGUGGGGGGGUGACAGAGAGUCAGGAAUCUUCCUUUCGGUGUCAUUGAACGUCCCGGGCCUCCAUGGCCUUUGGCAAGGGUGACCAAGUACCUUCCCCCUCAUGAGCAGCGUGCUGUGGAGUCUCUUGGCUGGAUAACCAGUGCCCAGACUGGCCAGGUGGCGGUCCCCAUCUGGUGGCCCACCUCCUCUCAGGAGCUGCUCACUGAGACACUCCUUGCCACGUUUUCUUUGGUGGUAGAGGGGGAAGGCUUUCGAACCCUCGAGGAUACAGGUUUGAGAUGUGUCGUGAAUGGGGCUCUUGUCUGAGUGACCAGAGUUGACAGCCGUAAGGUUACAGCUCAUCCUACCAACAGAGAAAUAGAGUCUGUGUUUGCUGGUCAGACAGAUGGGCGGCGGGUAGAAGCCCCGGGCAAAACCUGGGCUCUGCCCUGGUGGUGUCUAUCCGUGCUCACGUUCCCCAACCUUUUUGGCAGUCACGUGCUUAUAUGUCCAGCAGAGCUGGUCUAUUUAAAGUUGGUGGCACUCCAGAGAUUUAUCUUGUCAUUGUCCUUGUCUGUGUGGCCUGUUCUCACGUGACCUUUGGUCUCAUGGAGGACCAAUACAUCAGGAGCCUUCCCUACCAUUCUCUGACCCUGUGGCAUCUGCCCCACCCUAGGCAGAUCUAGGUGCCCUCCUCAGCUUGGCUUUGCAAGAGGCUCCAGGUCUCAGAUGUCUUCUCACUCCUUAGAACAAGGGCUGCCUCAUGGCCACCGUCAGAGUGGGCAACUGAACGUCACUUCCCCCCUGGUUUGGGUGACCUAGUUUUUAAGCUGUGGGAGGAGUAGAUUCCUGGCACAUUCCUCGUUGUAAAACCACCCAUGACACACCAGCCACCAGAAAGAGGGGCCUGGGACACACAGGAAGAACCCCUCAGCGCCUGCCAGCAUCCCCGGGCUCCAAGAGUGUGGUGAGCCCUGGCUCCCAUCACUUAGGAGCCUGAUCCAAACCCACUGUAAAAUGAAGCAUGCUUCUGUAAACAGCUCUACUCUAGAGAAGGUGGAAUCCCACCCCAGUCCUGGGCACGGGGCAGAUUGCCGGUGAGCACUCACAGGGCAGAUUGCUGGUGAGCGCUAGCCUCGAACGAGGUUGCGUGUUCCAGCCAAAUAUUUCUUAGACCAAAAUAAAAAAGGGAGGGGCUAGAAAAUAAAACAGAACACCGUCCCCCAACCGAAAGCCUGGGGAGGUGGCUUGGUGGUUAACAGUUCUCGUUGUUCUACCGGAGGAUCUGAGCUCAGUUCUCACUACUCACUGCCAUUCAAGAGAUCUAUGGUCUCCACAGGCACCACACACAUUCACAGGAGCAAAGUACAAAUGGUUCUUUCAAAACAAAACAAAACAAAACAAAACAAAACAAAACAAAACAAAACAAAACACACACACACACACACACACACAACCCUAAGGGAGUCUGAACGAACUUCUCCCCCUAGUUGGGUUAAAUGUUUAUUUGUUUGAGACAGUUUCACUAUAUAGUCCAGGCUGGCCUUGACUCAUUGUGUAGCCCAGGCUGGCCUCCUGAGUGCUUAGAUAGCUUUCCCCCAAUCCACCCCUUCUGGGGAGUUUAUAAAAAGCACACAACCUUGAACCAGCUCUAGCUAGCCUUUUACUGAGCUGUUUCUGCCUCAUGGGUGUGGGUGUGGUGUCUUUGAAGGCAUAAACUCUUCCACUCCAGAUGUUGGAGCAGACAUCUGCUCAGCCUGUGCAAGGGGACUUCUGGUUGCUACCAAACAUCUGGGAAACUUCCCAAUGCAAGGAGUGCUGCCGUGGGACCCUUCACCCAGCCCACAGGGCAAGGCUGACAUGGUAAGGGAAACCACACCCCUUCUGGGUUUCUAGGACGAGCGGCCAAUCCCAUCUUCAGGGAACUUGCAGUGUGAGUCUGUACUGAGGUUCUCUGAGUUCCCUGGCUGCCCGUCCGUCAGGCACAGAGCCUGACCUAGCAGCCUCGAACGAUCAUCUUCAUCAAAAGUUUCAAACUGGAAGCCCUUCACUGUGGAAAGAAAGGAAAAACCAUAAAUGACAAGACCUCACAUCAGAGCCCUUCUGACCCUGUGUGUCCAUCCAUCAGCUCUUCCUUAAAGUGACCACGCCCACACAGCUGCAUUCCUCCCACCCCUCCAGCUCUGUCCUGGUCCUGUGUCCGGUGAUAGUUUCCAUUUGCUUCCGAGCUGUGCCCGGUCUGUUCAGAGGGGUGUGCCGACUCUCCACGAUCUGUAGGCUCUCUCGGCCCACAGUUUACUGUGUGCUUUUUUUUUCUAUGAAAAAUGAUAUAUUUUACAAUUUCCUAUGUACAAAAGUUUAUUGUAAGUUUUUGUGCUUCGCAUGAACAGGGCCACACUGGUUGUUGCUAUGGUUUCAAUAAAACGGAUUUGAUUUCUAACACA